GCACGAUCAACUGAUGGACACACAGAAGCUCACUUGUUUCGCUUUUCACCGCUUCAUACCCCGUCUUUCCCGUACAGAAAUCUUGUUUCUGUGUGAAGUUUUUUUGUGUUUGACACACCUGUGGGGUGAGAACCCACUUUGAACCCCUCUCCUUUCAGCUUCCAGGAUCUUCUCUGAGAUUUUUACCCUUUUUUUCCAGCUUUGAUUGUUUGCUCUUCUGACUACAAGCCUUUCCUUUCCCCUUGCCUUCCUCUCUCCUUCUCCCCCAUAAUCCUCCAUUCCGUCUCCUUGUGUGCGUUUUUUGGGCUAUGCUCUCCUCACCCACUGUGAUCCUCCAGCCUUACGGACUACCCGUCUAUCCUCAGACAACCGCAUGCUACCCCAGCAUAGUUCAGGGGGGCGCCCCCCAGGAGGCCGGGCCUGGCAACGGAGACCCCGCCCUUCCCCAGGUCUAUGCCCCGCCCCCAUCAUACCCAGCACCAGGUCAAGGCCCCCCGGCGUCAGCGGGCAGGCUAGCCACACUUGAUUUCAGCUCCGCUCAUCACAGCUCAGAGUAUCCAGAUCACCCUCAGCUCAGAGUGUAUCAGGGGCCUCAGCACGAGGGGGCCGACACGCUGGCCCCCAGCAACACGGAGGACCCUCUGGCUCCCGCGACCUCUGACCCCCAAUCGCUCGGUGUGUCGGGGUCAUCGGGAGGCGGAGCAGGAAGUGGAAGUGAUGAGGAGAGCUCAGGGAAGGCCCAACCGAAGCGUCUCCACGUCUCCAACAUCCCUUUCCGCUUCAGAGACCCGGACCUUCGCCAGAUGUUUGGGCAAUUUGGCAAGAUCCUUGAUGUAGAAAUCAUCUUCAAUGAGAGGGGGUCAAAGGGUUUUGGAUUCGUCACAUUUGAGAGUGCCUCUGAGGCCGACCGGGCGAGAGAAAAGCUGAAUGGAACGAUCGUAGAAGGGAGAAAGAUCGAGGUGAAUAACGCCACUGCCAGAGUAGUGGCCAAAAAGCCGCAGACUCCUCUUGUAAACGGUGACAUUUCAACUUCUGGGUGGAAGAUCAACCCUGUGAUGGGGGCGAUGUACGCACCUGAACUUUAUACAGUGGCCAGUUUCCCGUAUCCUGUGGCGGCUCCUACCUUGGCCUAUCGGGGCUCUGCGCUGAGGGGGCGGGGCCGUGCCGUCUACAACACCAUCCGGGCUGCAGCGGCCACUCCUGCUGCUGUGCCCGCCUACCCUGGGGUUGUGUAUCAGGAUGGCCUAUAUGGAGCAGAAGUCUAUGGUGGCUAUCCUGCAGCUUACAGAGUAGCUCAGUCAGCAACUGCUGCCACAGCAGCAUACAGCGACGGAUACGGACGCGUGUUUGCAACUGCUGCAGAUCCAUACCACCACUCAGUCGGACCAACCACCACAUAUGGAGUUGGCACCGUGGCCAGCUUGUACAGAGGAGGAUACAACCGCUUCACGCCGUACUGACAGGUUGCCGUGGACGACCUCAGAAAAGUGGACAAGGCCUCCUCCUAAGACAAACCAGAUGGAUGUUCUCCACCUUUAGGAGCUGCUCAUCAUCAGGAGGAUGUCAUUCACAGAUGGCUGUUUUGUUGUUUCAGUGCAUUUAUGCUUCUCAAGUUAAAUAUGGAGAUUUUUUUAGGUCUAAACACCAGUGUUGUGUGUGUUUGUGUGUGUGUGUGUGUGUGUGUGUGUGUGUGUGUGUGUGUGUGUGUGUGUGUGUGUGUGUGUGUGUGUGAGAAGUCACAGCUGAGACACCGAGUUAUCAUCACAACCUCUGAACUGCUGUUUAUUUGGGUUUUAUUAUAUUUUAUUUCUCAUUCUUAUAAAUCUACCUCUCAUGUUUUUAGCUUUUCAAACAGCUGUUGGGUUGCAGGUCUCAUGAUUUGUUUUCUAAUCCACCUUUUCUGCUUGUGUUUUCUAACUAACAUGUUUUAGUUUACAUCCAAACUUUUUGUCUUUGUCAUAAUUAUUAAAAGUCUUUAUUUUUUCUUCCUUUGCUGUCUUCUGCUGUAUUUUCCGCUUCUUUCCAUCAGAACUGUUUCUAUUGCACUCCUUUUCUGCUUUGACUUUUAUCUCUAAAUAAAACUAUUUUUCCUCUU